ACAUCAAGGUAGUAUAUGCCCCGCCCAUAAAUGUGCAGGUAAGAUCAGGUAAAAAGGGUGAGAACAGGCAAGCCUCCUUUGACAAUCGUGUGGUUGAAGAAGGAUAUGCUAGCAUUGCUGCGUGCAGCAGCACUUUAGCAGCGCCUUUGAGAGAAAUCUUGGGAUUAUUGUUGAUUUGAAUAUUAGAUUGGCUAGAUUAACCUAAGGAUAUAGACAAGGUGAACAUUUUCAACCAUGAACAGAUUUCGAAAGUGGUUUCACAAACCUAAGAAAUCGGACCAACAAUUGCUCGCCCAGUUCUACUGUGCUGAUGAAGAGCUGAGGCAAGUGGCUGCCAAGCUCAACAGCCUGAAUGGCAAGAACGAACCCCAACGCUGUGCCCUGCUGGUCAGCCAGUUCCGCUCCUGCCAGGACAAUGUGCUGAGCAUCCUCAACCAGAUCAUGAAUGAGUGUAUUCCAGGCGAGAGAGCCAACCGAGACUUCUAUGUCAAGUUCCCAGACGAGAUCCAACAAGAGAACCUGGAAGGCCAGAUGUGGUUUGGAGCUGAGUGUUUGGCUGCUGGCUCCAUCAUCAUGAACCAGGAGGCUGAGAGCGAGGCAAUGCGUCCCCUAGCAAAGGAACUGACUCGCUGCAUAGAUGAAGUACGGAACAUCGCCCGUGACCAGGCUCUUCGCAAUCGGAACAUCUAUACAGAGCUACUGUGCCAGGCCUUGAGAAAAUUUGACAACCUGUUUGCAGGUUUCGAGUUCAGCUAUGUUUCAGCCAUGGUACCAGUCAAGUCCUUUAAACAGUAUGACAUCCAACAGGAUGUCACUGUGCUGUUCUGUGAGACAGUGUCCAGGGCACUAAAACGGGGAUAUAUCACUCAAGACCUGAUCGAUGACUAUGAGCCUGCACUCAUGUUUACAAUCCCACGAUUAGCUAUAGUGUGUGGUCUAAUGGUGUUUCCUGAUGGCCCCAUGAAGCUGGAUGGUGAGUUGGAGGACAUGUCUGAGUUAUUCAGGCCCUUCCACUCUUUACUGAAGAAAAUUAGGAAUCUCCUGCGCACGCUCAAGGAAGAAGAGCUUCAUUCGUUGGAACGCAACCUCUGUGUCACUCAUGAAGAGGGUUUGGUUGCCCGCCGCUGUUCUUCAGCCAUACCACAUUCAGCCAUCACUCUGGCCCAGCAACUAGAGCAUACCAUGCAUGGGAAGCAGGGGGCAAAGUCCCAGUCAAGUGUUCCUCCUCAGGCAUGUGUCGUGAUGGAGGAGGACAAGGAGGACAACCCUUCCCUCCUGCAAGUUGAACCUGGCCGUUUAGAGUGGGACCCAGAGGUUGAGCUGUCAUCCUCCAUGCAGACUGACAUCAUGGAGAUGGAGCUGCUCAGCAUGAUGUUCUACCAGGCGGGAGAUGAGAUGUCCAGCUUUCUGUCCCCAGCACCCAGCCAGACUUCAUCUCCUUACCCCCAGAGGAGGGGGGCUGCCAGCCUCACCCCCAGCCCCAUGGCCUCUCCUCUCAGGCUCCGCAGGGCUGGGAGCAGAGUGUCAUCUGGUGGUUGGUCGUCUGGUGGGUCAAGUGUAGACAAAGAGGAGCGUGUCUUCUACAUGGAUGACUUGGACGGGACACAGAAGCAAGGCUAUUCCCUUCCUAACUCCCCAUAUCUGAAUAUGAGGCGGAACAUGUCUUGCCCUUCUUCACCGUGGACCAGCUUGUCCAGGAAGUGUGCGGAGGCAGCCCUCCAGCGCAGCAAGAACUGGCCCAGCAGUAGCAGGCUCUCGAUCCCAGACCCUGGGGCUCUCUCUGUCCCCCCCAUCUACCUGAAUGGGGAGGGGUUGAGCCAGAAUGUGAGCCAGGAUGUUUUAGAGACGGCAGAGCUGAUUGCACAGAGGAUGAAGGGGAUGAAACUCUCUGUAACUGUGAUCAAUCCCCCAUCUCCCAACCUGUCUACCUGGACCGAGAAGGUGAAAGAGGAAAAAGAUGACGAUGAAGACGACGAUGAAGAGGAUUCACAGCUGCAGUCUCUGAAUGAAGGGGCCACAUACUGCCAGAUCAGCCCCUGUAUCUGCCUCCAGUGCCCCAGUCUGCAUAUAUUCCCACCAGACCAUGACACCUAUGGCUGCCUGACUCCCCAAACCCAAGGUCCCCCCUUAUCUGUUGUUAGAAGCCCAGCUCGGAGCCCCAGGGAACAGGGGAAGGAGAGGAGCCAUGUGCUGGGCCCACGGUUCUCUUCACUACGGGCCAAGGGUCAACAGAGAGAUGGUGUUCCAGCAUCUGUUACCUGCCCCAGCCUGACCCAGUGGAGAACCAAUGGAGAUGGGAAGGCUGAACAGAGAGUGGUAGAAGCAGAGCCAGAGGAAUCCCCCCCGUCUCAAUUCAGCUAUCAACCCAGCAGUAAUAACACAGAGGGGAUUGAGCAUCCUGACAUCCAGUUGGCCUGCCACAAUAUCCGAUCCCGUUUCAAUAGCAGCGGUGACCUCCUUCACCGUCUGUUUGUGUGCAUCUCAGGUGUUGCAGACCAGCUACAAAGCAACUACUCCAGUGACCUAAGAACCAUAUUGAAGACACUCUUCCAGAUAAUGACGACUAAGACAGUUCUUGCAGAAGAAGACAAGAAAAGGAAAGCAUCCUUAGGCCUGAGUAACAAGGCUCUGGAGGACUGUGCCUUGUGUAUGGAGUGGCUGUCCUCCUCCCCAUCGAUGGAGCAAGAUGUCCAAUGUGAAGGUGAUGUCUCCUUUUGGUCUUGUCAUUUUAACUGUCCCUAUUAUCAUUUUCUAACCAUACAUCAACAACUUCAAUCACAUGUAGCGCUCCCAAACUGGGUUCCCGAUGAGGCCUGUAGCGUCUGCACAGCAUGUAACGCCCCCUUCACCUUAAUACGCAAGAAGCACCACUGCAGGAGCUGUGGCAAGAUCUUCUGUUCUCGCUGCUCUGCCCGCUCAGCGCCUCUACCGCGGUACGGCCAGGUCAAGGCUGUGAGGGUAUGCACCCACUGCUACAUGUUUCACGUCACGCCAUUCUGCCCCUGGAACAGCAACUGACUCAACCCUGGCCCUUAUUAUUCUAUCAAUCCAACUGUUUAAGGUAGUUUACUAGAUUAUCAAUUAAAUAGGCAUUCACAAUGUGGUACCUGUUUUGUGACUUUUAGAUGUGUAAUAGUACCAAAAUGUCAUACAAAAUGUUUCAACAUGUGGAGGACCUUCAAUCGUUUGUAUUGAAUAAUAUUUUAUAUUGAGGGUAUUUCUUUCUACAACAUCACAACUGGGCACUGACAUGAGUGAAACCUCUCAGAAUGUUUAUUACUUUAAGACAAGACAGAUAUUUUAUUCUGCUUCAAUCCUUGAGUUGUAGCCACACCAUCUGAUUUCACACACAUAUGCAACAAGAGUGCUUUCUCACUACUUAGGAGUGGUUGACAAUGUCAAACUGAGUGAGAGGGAUCAUUAGAUAACAAUACCAUUUCAUUCAGCUAGCAGUGCUUUCUUUAACCAUUCGUUUCACAAGUUCACGAAGAUACAAUAACUGUUGUGUUGCACAAUAUCCACUACUUUGAAUUGUUAGGCUGCUGGGCACAUACAGCUUAACUUUCUUCCGUGCUACUUUUACAUUGUCAGCAACCUGGUUGGACAAUUCAUUGUACUCAAAAACACAAACAUCUCCACUAGAAGAUCCAUCAGACAGAAUUAACAUUAAAAGAAAGUGAGCAAUUAGCCCUCAAAUUCAUUUUCUUCCCCCAAAAACAACUAUUUCAAUCAUGGAUAACACCUGAAAGAUAAGAGCUGUAAAAAAAAGCACAUUCAAAGACUUCAAGCAUUUCAAAACUUCAGCUCAAACAGAACUAAUUUUGUCAAAUCAAGCAGGACUGAACAAGCCCUGCCCCCAGUGUCCCCAAUGUAAAGGUUCAGACAGUUAAGGGAGACUUGACACAGAACGGCUGACUGAAAAAACAACCACCCCAUUACAAAAGCCCUUGGUACAACAGCAGUGCAAACCAUUCGCUUUCUUUAACUAAACCACUUAUAGGACUACCCUGGAGGACACAAGACACAUCACAGUAG